GUAAGAAGCAGAUGAUAUUUUAUCUGAAUGGACACCAGCUGCCCCCCGAGAAGCAGGUGUUCUCCUCAGCCACAUCUGGCUUCUUUGCGGCAGCUAGCUUCAUGUCCUACCAGCAGUGUGAGUUUAACUUUGGGGCCAAGCCCUUCCGCCACCCACCCUCCGUCAAGUUCAGCACCUUCAACGACUUUGCCUCCCUAGCCUCGGACGAGAGAAUCAUCCUGCCAAGACACCGGCGUCUGGCCCUGCUGAAGCAGGUGAGCAUCCGGGACAACUGCUGCACGCUGUGCUGUGACCUGAUGGCCGACACAGAGCUGAGGCCCUGCGGACACAGUGGGAUGUGUAUGGAGUGUGCCUUACAGCUGGAGACAUGCCCGCUCUGUCGCCAGGACAUCCAGACUCGCGUCAGACUCAUUUCACACGUGUCCUGACACACCACCUCCACCAAUGAGGACACAGAGACACCCCCCCUCCUCCUCCCCCCCCCCCCCCCCCCCCCCCCCCCCUCCGCUUCUUCUCCCGACAUCAUCUCUCAUCUAGCGCCCUUCUCACCCCGUAAUCACCCUGACCAAUAGGACUGUGAGGCAGAGCCAGGACUUUUAACGUUGGGACCCUGGGCUGGGCAUGAAGAAAGGAAGGGCUGAGCUGAGGGAGGAUGGAAGAGCAGUGGACUCGACAUCCAGGGGACAUGGGAGGGAGGGAGAGAGGGUGGGAGGACAGGAUGCUGGUGGAGUAUGGAAAAGGAACCAUGAAGUUGGCAGCCUUCAGGAGGCACAAACCCCUACACACACACACACACACACUCACACACACACACACACACUCACACACACACCUCUAGAUCCAGAGAGGACCUCCAGCCUCUCAGAAGCAGGAUGGCGGAUCAUGUCCUGCAGGAGCUUCUGUCUGUCCUUUGGUCCUGUCAGCUCAGAACUCUGACAUUUCUCUGUGAUUCUUCUGUUUUAUUCUGACCCCAUGUCAAAGGCACAACCACCACCGAUAGGCCGACCGACUCUCCCCUUUGCUUGAAUUGUUCUGGAUUGAUUGAAUGAAUAUUGUGUUUGAAGAGGAGGCUAAAUUAAUUAUAUAUAAAAAAAACUGUGAUUUAAAAGUAUUGUUUGUGUACAAUUAAAAUCCACUAGAACUAUUUGGGAAUAAAUUAAAUCAAAUCAUGAAAAUGGUCUUGGGAAGUUGGGUUAUUUAAAUGAUCUGAGAAUGCACAAUGUUGUGAAGAAUUCAAACUAGUUAGGAGCUCAGAAAGUGUAGGGAUCAGGAAGAGUUCUGCUCUCAGGUCCUUCCUGUCUGAAUGGGUGUGUGAAGGGCAACCUUUGUUAAACCAAGCAUGGCUGGAAAGAACUGCAGGACUGAAAAAGAUAAACUAGAAUAAGUCGUAUUUAUACAUCUUUAAAAGAAUAGCCCCAGGGUUCCCAAAGAUGUGAUUUGCUGAAGAAUCAUUGUUUUCUGGAUUGUGAUAUUUGUAAUAAAUAUUUGUCAACGUGA